CGUCCAGCGUUCAACAACAUGGGGAGGAAGUUCUAGCCAGAGACGGUUGAGCCAACGACAACAAACCGAGCCAGCGGGUGUCUGUCUGGAAGAACUGUUAGCUUUACUGGCCGGACUUUAGAUUAAAGGGUCUACAGAGGAGGAAACUCCCCGCCCGUCAGUCCUCCAUGGCGGACGUCAAGAACUUCCUGUAUGCCUGGCUUGGGAAAAAGAAGCUGACUCCCAGCUAUGACAUCCGAGCUGCAGGGAACAAAAACAGGCAGAAGUUUUUGUGUGAGGUCCGUGUUGACAGCUACAACUACAUCGGGAUGGGGAACUCCACCAACAAGAAGGACGCUCAGACAAACGCCGCCAGAGACUUCGUCAGCUACCUGGUCCGAACCGGGGAAAUGAGCGCCGCGGAAGUCCCGGCUGUUGGGGUGAGCGCUCCAGGCGGCGACCAACCUGACGGAGGAAACGGGGGAGGAAACGGAGGAGGAAACGGAGGAGGAAACGGAGGCUUUGGAUGCCUCCCUUCCAGCGGCCCCCUGCCGCCUCACCUUCUAGUCAAAACUGAACCAGAAGAGAGUGGUGGGCCGGUCCCGGGAGUCACUGGACUGGGCUACUCCGGAGGAGGAGGAGGAAGAGGAGGGGGAGGAGGAGGAAACUCUGGCUGGGGAGGAGGAGGAGGAGGAGGAGAAGAAGCUCAGUGGGAACGAGGAGCCAACCUGAAGGAGUACUACGCCCGGAGAGAUGAACAGGAAGCCCAGGAUACUCUGGAGUCAGAGGAGGUGGACCUGAACGCUAAUCUCCAUGGCAACUGGACGCUGGAGAACGCCAAGGCGCGUCUGAACCAGUUCUUCCAGAAGGAGAAAACCAGAAAACCGCAAGCUACAAACGCCAAAUGGACGGACACGACAGAUCGGCAAAGUUCGGUUCCAACGCUCCCGGCGGUCCACGAUGCGGUGACCGCUCAGCUCUGCAGCCCCGUCUCCUACCGCAGCGCCUGUGUCCAGCUGGAGCCGUUUGACGUCAGUGUGUCUGCAGACCUGCAGCAGCAGCUGGCCGCCGUCGUCCAGGAACUCGGAGUCCACAUCCCCCCACCGCCUACAGACCCCUCCUGCAAAGUGUCUCUGGUUCAGGGCAAGAUGGCAACAUUUGAGCCGUCCCAGCGCCAGAGCGGAGCAGGGGUCGUCCCGUGGUCGCCUCCCCAAGUCAACUGGAACCCCUGGACCAGCAGCAACAUCGACGAGGGACCGCUGGCCUUCUGCACGCCGGAGCAGAUCAGUGGCGAGCUGCACGACGAGCUGAUGCACCAGCUGGAACACGAUGAAAACCUGCAGAAGAUCCUGGGGGAGCGCGAGCAGCUGCCAGUCAAACAGUUUGAGGAGGAGAUCAUGGCCGCCGUGGAGAACAACGCCGUAGUGAUCAUCAGAGGAGCCACGGGCUGCGGUAAAACCACCCAGGUCCCUCAGUACAUCCUGGACAGCUUCAUUAAGAGAGGCAAAGCCUCCGACUGCAACAUCGUGGUCACCCAGCCCAGAAGGAUCAGCGCCGUGUCGGUGGCCGAGCGAGUCGCCUACGAGAGAGCCGAGGACAUCGGGAAGAGCUGCGGCUACAGCGUCCGCUUUGAGUCCAUCCUGCCUCGGCCGCACGCCAGCGUCCUCUUCUGCACCGUCGGCGUCUUGCUGCGGAAGCUUGAAGCAGGAAUCCGAGGCAUCAGUCACGUUAUCGUUGAUGAGAUCCACGAGAGAGACAUCAACACUGACUUCCUGAUGGUGGUCCUCCGAGACGUGAUCCAGGCUUACCCGGAGGUCCGCGUCAUCCUCAUGUCGGCCACCAUCGACACCACCAUGUUUAAAGAAUACUUCUUCAACGCUCCCAUCAUCGAGGUGUUCGGACGCACCUUCUCUGUCCAAGAGUAUUUCCUGGAGGAUUCCAUCCAGAUGACCAACUUCGUCCCUCCGCCGAUGGACCGCAAGAGGAAGGAUAAAGACGAGGAAGGAGGAGGAGGAGAGGAUGAUACGAACUGUAAUCAGAUCUGCGGGCCGGACUACUCGGCGGAGACGAAGCGUUCGAUGGCUCAGAUCAGCGAGAAGGAGACGUCCUUCGAGCUGGUGGAGGCUCUGCUGAGGUACAUCGAGACGCUGCAGGUAGCCGGCGCCGUUCUGAUCUUCCUGCCCGGCUGGAACCUCAUCUACUCCAUGCAGAGACACCUGGAGACCAACCCGCACUUUGGAAGUAACCGGUACCGAAUCCUGCCGCUCCACUCACAGAUCCCCCGAGAGGAGCAGAGGAUGGUGUUUGAACCGGUUCCCGACAACAUCAGGAAGGUAAUUCUGUCCACCAACAUCGCAGAGACGAGCAUCACCAUCAACGACGUCGUCUACGUCAUCGACUCCUGCAAGCAGAAGGUGAAGCUCUUCACCUCCCACAACAACAUGACCAACUACGCCACCGUCUGGGCCUCCAAAACCAACCUGGAGCAGAGGAAAGGCCGAGCCGGCCGAGUGCGAGCCGGAUUCUGCUUCCACCUCUGCAGCCGCGCUCGAUUCGAGAAGCUGGAGACUCACAUGACUCCAGAGAUCUUCAGGACGCCGCUGCAUGAAGUCGCUCUGAGCAUCAAACUGCUGAGACUCGGCGCCAUCGGACACUUCCUGUCCAAGGCCAUCGAGCCACCGCCGCUGGACGCCGUCAUCGAGGCCGAACACACUCUGAGAGAGCUGGACGCCCUGGACACUAACGAUGAACUGACUCCUCUGGGGAGGAUUCUGGCUAAGCUGCCCAUCGAGCCACGACUGGGGAAGAUGAUGAUCAUGGGCUGCAUCUUCCAUGUUGGAGAUGCCAUGUGCACCAUCUCAGCCGCCUCCUGUUUCCCCGAGCCUUUCAUCAGCGAGGGCAAACGUCUCGGCUUCGUGCACAGGAACUUCUCCGGCAGCCGCUUCUCGGACCACGUGGCUCUGCUGUCCGUCUUCCAGGCCUGGGACGACGUCAGGAUUAGCGGCGAGGACGCAGAAAUUCGUUUCUGUGAACACAAACGUCUCAACAUGUCGACUCUGAGGAUGACCUGGGAGGCCAAAGUCCAGCUGAAGGAGAUCCUGGUCAACUCUGGAUUCCCUGAAGAGUGUCUGCUGACUCAGAUGUUCAACACGGUCGGACCGGACAACAGCCUGGACGUGGUGGUUUCUCUGCUGACCUACGGCUCCUACCCCAACGUGUGCUUCCACAAAGAGAAGAGGAAGAUCCUAACCACCGAGGGGCGCAACGCCCUCAUCCACAAGUCCUCCGUUAACUGCCCCUUCAGCAGCCACGACAUGACCUACCCCUCGCCCUUCUUCGUCUUCAGCGAGAAGAUUCGGACCCGAGCGAUCUCGGCUAAAGGGAUGACUCUGGUCAGUCCUCUGCAGCUGCUGCUGUUCGCCUGCAAGAAGAUCAGCUCUGACGGAGAAAUCGUGGAGCUGGAUGACUGGAUCAAACUGCGGAUUCCUCACGAGGUGGCGGGUGGCAUCGCAGCCCUGCGGGCCGGACUGGAGGCGCUGGUGGUGGAAGUGACCAAAGACCCAGAAUACAUCCGACAGAUGGACCCGACCAAUCAGCAGCUGCUGAACCUCAUCAGACUCACAUCCAAACCUUCAGCUGCUGGACUCAACCUGAUGGCCAACACCCAGAGGAUGGGUGACGGUCCCCGACCUCCGAAGAUGGCACGCAUGGAUGGAGGCGGCAGCGGGGGCUACCGAGGAGGAGGGGGCGGCUACAGAGGAGGAGGGGGAUAUGGGGGAGGAGGAGGAGGGUACAGAGGGGGAGGUGGGUACAGGGGGAGGAGGGGAUAUGGGGGAGGAGGUUAUAGAGGGGGUGGCGGUUACAGAGGAGGAGGAGGAGGAGGGUAUGGAGGAGGUGGGGGAGGCUACAGAGGAGGAGGAGGGUAUGGAGAGGGGGGAGGAGGGUACAGGGGAGGAGGAGGGGGAGGAGGAGGAGGGGGGGGAGGGUACAGGGGAGGUUAUUAACGAUUCGUUGUCAUUGUUCUCUAGAAAAGACGAGUCAAUCUGAUCUGGAUACAGAGGCAAAGCCCCUUCCUGUGUCCACCACGGGACUUUAUUUCAGUCACAAAUGUGAACGGGGAGACACACAAUGUUUAGAUCACGUUUGAAUUGAGCCACGAAUUACACAUCGGAUGUUUGUCAGUUUAGUUUUGUGGGGGUGUUACAGUAGGUAACGUUACUCUCACCUUCUUUCUCUUCCCGGCUGAUAGAAAGAUGCUGAUAGAACAGCAUGUGAGAUAACGGUACACAGUAUGUUUUUCUGAAAUAAGGUCCCAUGGGGUCCACCAGAAGGACAGGGACUUCACCUCUCUCUGUCUUCUGAAGUUUAGUGAGGCCACAAAUCUUCCUCUCUGUCGUUGUUGAGAGGACAAAAUGUUUGUCCUCAUCUGGGCCAAGAUAACACUCCUCUCUUCUGUCAGCUGUUGAAACCAACGUGUUAGUUUGUGUUUGAUUACAUUUGAUUGUAUGUCUGUAUUUAUGGUUUUAUGUGUAACUGCAUUCUGCAAUAAACUUGACAUUUACAGCUGA